AUGUUGUCGACGAGCGGGCGAGUAAAGCGCAAAAAUGCCGCGCCGCUGCAGAAGCUUAGCCAGACAAAAGCAUCAGUGGUGGACCAGCUGGAGGAGGCGCUGCAGGCACGUGACUUCUCCAAGGCCACAACGAUGCUGGAGUUCUACAAGACAACAAAUCAGCCGGUCGGUGACCUCUCCAUCAACCCAUGGCUGGCUUACAGUGCGUUCCACAUGAAUGAUGUGGUCAAAGCACUCGACGUGUAUAAGGAACUACUGUCGCUCGAAAACUGCGACCCGAUGCACCACAUCCACAUGGGGUGCUGCCACUUCGUCAACGGGUCCUACAAGGAGGCCGAGGAGUGUGCACUGAAGGGGCCAGAUUGCUCGUUGCAGACACGUCUGCUGUUUCACCUUGCACAGAAGACAUAUGACGAAGGUAAGUUGUUGAGUUACCACCAGAAGCUGAAGGACACAGUUGAGGAUCAACUGUCGUUGGCGGCGGUGCACUACUACCGCGGCCACUUCCAAGAAGCCAUUGAUGUCUACAAGCGUAUUCUGCUGGAGACGCGCGAGUAUCUGGCGCUGAACGUAUAUGUCGCAAUGUGCUACUACAAGAUGGAUUACUAUGAUGUUAGCCUUGAGGUACUGAAUGUGUACCUGCAAUCGCAUAGCAACAGCGCCACGGCGAUCAACUUGAAGGCGUGCAACCACUAUCGUCUCUACAACGGCAAGGCUGCGGAGGCGGAGUUACGUGUGCUGAUCGACCUGCAACGUUCAACUUACAACGUUGAGAACGAUAUUGUAAAGCACAAUCUAGUCGUUUUCCGCAACGGCGAGGACGCGCUACAGGCGUUGCCGCCACUUCUCAAUGUUGUGCCCGAGGCGCGCCUCAAUCUCGUCAUUUAUCACCUGCGCCAUGACCAGUACGAGGAGGCGUACGAGUUGAUCAAAGACCUCGAGCCUGUCGCGUCCCCGGAGUACAUUUUAAAGGGUGUUGUCAAUGCCUUCAUUGGGCAAAAGCUCGAGUCGGAGGAGCACCUCAAGGUGACGCGCGAGUACUUCAACCUUAUUGGCACUGCGCAGUCAGAGUGCGAUACGAUCCCGGGGCGGCAGUGUAUGGCGUCGUACUUCUUCCUGUUGCGCGACUUCCCGAAUGUGCUGUUGUACCUGCGCUCUAUUAAACCGUACUUCAUGAACGAUGAUACCUUUCUCUACUUGUACGGUAUCGCCUGCGCAGGGACUGGAAACUUCGCUGAGGCGGAGGAGUCCCUCACAGCGGUGCGCUCUGAGAAGGUGAAGGCGGAGUUCAGCUACACAAGCUGGCUGAUGCGAUCUCACAUCAUGAACAAACAUGCUAAGCGGGCAUGGGAUAUUUACCUCAAGAUGGAAACAAGCGCCGAGUCAUUCAACAUCCUUCAGCUGAUGGCAAAUGACUGCUAUAAGGUGUGCGCCUUCUACUACGCUGCAAAGGCUUUUGAUGUGCUGGAGCGCCUCGACAAUGCUCCAGAGUACAUUGAGGGCAAAAAAGGCGCUUGUAUUGGCGUCUUUCAGCAGGUGUUCGCAAACCAAGAGCCUGCGGAUUCGCUCUUUGAUGUGAUGAAGAUGCUCGAGUCGAGUGUGCAGCAGCAUGUCAAUGAGCCGCAGGUCGCCCAACAGUUCGAGAGCAUACUGAAGGUGAUGAAGGACUGGGUGAAGGAGAGCAAGCUGAAGCGCAAGUAG